AUCGGACAGAGCCGACAGCCCAGUAUGGCAGACAGAUCCAACCUGCCCUACACUGAAGCCGUCAUCCACGAGAUCCAGAGGAUGGGAAACAUUAUUCCUCUAAAUGGACUCAGAAUGGCCACCAAGGAUACAACACUGGGCGACUAUAUUAUACCGAAGGGUACGUCCUUGAUGCCUAACCUGACCUCUGUGCUGUUCGACAAGACUGAAUGGGAGACCCCAGACACCUUCAACCCCGGACACUUCCUGGAUGCUGAGGGAAAGUUUGUGAAGAGAGAAGCUCUCAUGCCUUUUUCUGCAGGGAAACGUGUAUGUCUCGGAGAAGGCCUCGCCAAAAUGGAGCUGUUCUUGUUUUUGAUCGGAUUACUGCAGAAGUUCUCUUUCUCCGUUCCUGAUGGAGUAGAGCUGAGUACAGAAGGAGUUACUGGAAUAACUCGAGUACCACAUCCCUUCAAAGUUUAUGCCAAGGCACGCUGAAUUAUACAACAUCUCACUGAAUAAUUUUUCAUCUGACAAAAGAGUUCUCUGCCUAUACAUUUCCUUCCUUGUGAUAAAAUAGUUGUCAUAAUAUAUUGUUGUAUUAAUGGCAUUCUUUAUAGGACAGUAUCUAGUGUCCUUGUUAUUAAUGAAAAUAUGUAUAAAGAUUUUCUCAAAAUACAAUCUUCUAUUACAUUCAAGCUGUAUUGUCUAUGUCUUCUUUAUCAUCAUCAGUUAUGUAAUGUAUUAGCCAUUAUUUAAGAACUGCAAUCAUUAACAAAACCUUUGGAAACAUGUGUUAAUGAUUAAUAAAGGAUUUGAUGAUAUGUGUCACA